AUGGAGGUUCAUGACGUGACCGGAGUGAGGAUCAGGGACCGACGCAACGCCGGAGACCCGCUUGUGGACUGCGAUGUGAUUGACAUGUACGUCCGCAUGAACCUGGACAAGAUGAUCGAGAUCAAUGACGUGAAGCAGACCUUCAAGGCCCAGUACUACUUCGAAGCCUGCACGCGCGUCCCCACCACCGACCCCAAGCGCGUCAAAGAGGUCCGUGCUUUCCUGCAGAGGUUCACGGACAGCAGCCACCUGGUUGUGGAAAACAUCGUGGAUCCUUUGGACGGGCCCUCUUUGAAGCCGAAGCUGGAGGAGAAGAUGGACGCCAAAGGCCAGAUGCACAAGAUGACGCUUACCUGGAAGAUCGCUGGCGAGUUCUCUGAGUGCCUCCAGCACCAGAAGUUCCCCUUCGAUUGCCAGGACUUCACCUUGACGUUGUGCUUCUGGAAUGCCUGCAAGGAAGACAAGCUGCAGUUUCGCUUCAUUGACUCCAAGAACUCUUCGGUGAUCCUCAACAACUUCCACCUUGGAAACACGUGGAAGCGCCCGUUUCAGAAUCGACUCUACAUCCACACUGAGUUCACCAAUGAGGAGACCCACAAGGUGAACAAGAAGUUCCCCCUGCUGAAGGCCACGGUGCAGAUGCAGCGCCUGCCGACCUACUACUUCUACAACAUUGUGCUGCCCAUGUUCGCCAUGGUGUGCCUAAGCUGCUGCACCAUGGUCAUUCCCAUGGAGUUCAUCGGGGAUCGCUUGUCGGCCUCCUUGUUCCUCUUGCUGACGUCUGUGGCUUUUAAGUUCGUCAUCGCUCAGAUGACUCCCCGAGUCGGCUACAACACAUGGCUCGACUGGUACGUUCUCGUCUGCUGGCUCUUCCUGGGGCUUGUGGUCGUGGAGAACUGCUUGGCAUCCAACCAUCCGCACGACACGGAGCUCUUGUUCGCCCUGUUGAUUUUCUUCGGCUUUGGGGUCUGCAACGUGGCCUUUGCGGUGAAGUGGUGCUACGCCUACUUCCGCCCACACUCGAAGCUGAGCCCGCUCCUCAACUCCCACGACGACGCCGGGACCUUCGAGCCCUAUGAGAAGUCGCGGAGCCCGAAGGGCUCCGACGCCAAGUGCGCCAGGGUUCCGUGCAUCCCCGGCUACUAG